AAAGGGACAAGGCGUAGUCUUUGGCCGUGGUUCCGCCUUAAAUUCAGCGCAGAUUGCUGCGGCAGCGUGGUACGAGUAGGGUUCGGGACGCAGUCAGACCAGCAGAAUGCCGAACUUUGGUGGUGGAAACAAGUGUGGCGUUUGCCUGAAGACUGUAUACUUUGCCGAGGAAGUGCAAUGUGAUGGGAAGUUCUUCCACAAGUCGUGCUUCCUCUGUAUGGCCUGUAAAAAGAACCUAGACAGCACUACACUUGCUGUGCAUGGAAACGAAAUCUACUGCAAAUCGUGUUAUGGGAAGAAGUACGGACCUAAAGGUUAUGGCUACGGCCAAGGUGCAGGCGUUCUGAGCAUGGACACUGGUGCAAGGGUGGGAAUAAAACCCGUGGAACCCCAGGCUCAUUGCCCAACAACUAAUGUCAAUGAAUCAAAGUUUGCCCAGAAAUUUGGCAGUUCAGAAAAGUGCCCUCGGUGUGAAAAAUCAGUUUACGCUGCGGAGAAAAUUAUUGGAGCUGGCAAGUCCUGGCAUAAGGCUUGCUUCCGCUGUACUAAUUGUGGUAAAAGCCUGGAGUCCACAACAUUGGCUGAUAAGGAUGGGGAGAUUUAUUGCAAAGGUUGUUACGGUAAGAAUUUCGGACCUAAAGGAUUUGGCUACGGUCAAGGAGCUGGUGCACUUGUCAACACCCAGUAAGGGGCCUGUGCUGAACCUGGAAGCCACAUGAACACAAGGAGGCCCUGCCUACAGUAUUUGCUGAAUUCUGAAUAUUGCUGUAGUAAUAGCAGUAGUAAUACAAAAUACAGCACUGUGUGUGUGUGUGUGUGUGUGUGUAUAUAUAUAUAAACGAUGUUUUCUCACAUUUUUUUGCAAUGCUUGGCACAGGUUACUUCAUGUACCAUGUUAUUGUGUUGUCUCCAAAAUAAGUGUUUUGGGAUUAAAUAUACUAACGUGAAAACCAGAAUGAAUAAUGGCUCCUGUCCAAAAUCUAAUUUUAGUGCCUUGAAUCUGCUUAUGACUAAUUACACACUUGGGGGUUAGCAUGAACUUGGCAGCUGCAUUUCUCAACACUACAAUAUUUAUUCACCUCUCUUUUUUCCUUGUAUGCAUGCAUCUGUAGAAUUGCAUAUUUGUGCUGCAGUAUAGAUAAGCUAUCCAAUUUUUUUUAAAGUUUUCAGUUGCUAGAAUUGCUUAGCCAGGUGUCAGUUCGAUUCAGAUGUGAUGUCUCUAAUCUGGUUUAAUAGCUAUGGUUAAUUCGGGUGUUUCGUCUGAUCUGGCUGUUUGUUUCUCUAAAUCUUCAAAAAGUUUCACACAAUAAAAUUGGUGACCAUCGAGCACCUGAAGUUUACUCCAGUUUAGUCCACUACUGACUUUUUCACAUUUUGGCUUACUUUAAAAUUGUAGUUACAAGUAAAUAAGAGAAACACUUCUGAUUUUCAAUAACCUAAGCUUGGACUGCAAACAUGCCUAACAAGAUUAUCAGCUCUACUUUUGAUUAAAUCUUUUUUUUAAAAAUGUCGAUGCAUGGAGUUAAAUCUGUAAUUCAUCUUGCCAUUAACUUGGUAUAAAUGUUGCUCUAAUAAAUAAAUGGUAGAUUUUUGGGUUGGAGGAGUGCAACACAUGAUUCCCAAAUGUUGGCUUGGUAUUAACUUGCUUUCUAUAACAUAUACAAAAAAAGCAAGGACUAUAUACAGUAUCAUGCUUUUUUUAAAGUGCAACUUGUUUUGCUAAAUUGAUUACCUGUUGGGCUUUUGGACCACUUUCUAAACUCUUACUCUUCCAUGUUACAUGAAAGCAGUGUCCUGCAUUUUAAUAAAGGCCACCUGGCUCUCCUGCAGAAUGUACAACCUUGAAUUUUCUUUCUUUUCCAGAACAUGUUUAGAAUUUUAUCCUCUUUGC